GUUGAUGUGUCAUAUCAAAGUGACUUGUUGGGGCUAUCAGCUGUUAAGGCAGAAAGCUCAAAGUUAUCCCUUAUACCGGUUCGAUCGCAUUGGAUUACAACAUGGGCUUUUUGCAUUCGAUUUGAACCAGAGAGGGACCAUGGAACAGCCUGGUCCUGCCUCGGAUACACACAUGAUGGAGGGAUCGGAGGUUGAAUCAGUGUCAGAAGAGUCACAACCGGGGAAUCAGCACCACAACAGCGCAUCUAACAUAGAAGAGGAGGAAGACAUCUCUCACAACCACAGUGCGGAUGAGGCGGACAAGUUCAGUCAGGCAAACGAUGAAGCAGAGCUUGACAGAGAAUUCAUCAAGACUACAACAGAUGUUCAGACAGGCAUACAGACAAGGUCGGAAGCUCAAACAUGCAGUCAGGAACAUGAAGAGGGGAGUGAGCUUGAUGCUGGCUGUGACAGCAGUACAGCUUUUAUGCAAAGCAAGCUCCCUUCCCUUUCAGAUGAGGCUGUUGGAGCUUCAGUAGCCCCAGUCAUAGCUUUGGAUGACGUGGAAAGCUCUGAUUCUGUUUCUGAAGGCACAGCAGAAACCUUAUUGACUCUUAAUGAAGUGAAGGAUUCUCAUGCCACACACUGCAAUGAGCAGCCAUCAGUCUUGGUCACAAAUUGUCCCACAGAGCCAUCGCCUGCUGAUGAUAGCAGCUCAGCAGAAAGUCCAUCAUCCCCUUGCCUCCAAAGUGCUUCCAAAAACUCCCCUACUGACUCGACAACCACCUCCGGGUUCUGCAACGGCCCUUCUACCCCCAGUUCAGACACAGUGGGCUCAUCACCUGCUUCCAGCCCGCAAACUAGUGCCGACAACCCGGCCCCCUCCCAUUCCUUCUCAAGUCCGUAUGACACUGAUUGCAGCCGAAAGCUUAUCUCCCAGAUCCAGCGCUCCCUGUCACAGGAGUCGCUGCUGGAUGAGCUCGAGUCAGAGCUGUUGUCUUGUCAGCUGCCUGAGGGGGAACGUAAAGGUGAGGGCAAAGGAAGCCCACCUAUCAACGGACUCCCUACAGACCAAGAGAACUGCAUGGUGGUCUUUGAGAAGUGUGUGCAGUACCAGUAUGCACAGCAGGAGAAGUCGAUUCAGAGGCUGCUCGAGGAAAACAAGAGGCACCAGGAGCUGAUUUUGGGUAUAUGUUCAGAGAAGGACAACAUGAAGGAUGAACUAAAAAAGAGGACAGAAACCGAAAAGCUGCACAUGGCCACUAUUAGAAAGUUGGAGGGCAGGGUGGAGGAGCUGCUGAAAGAACUGAAGGAAUCUCGGGAUAAACUCAUCCAUCAGGACCAUGCGGCCAAGGCUGCCCUCCAGCACAUGCAGAAGGAAACGUCACACAGGCUUGAACAGGUGAACAAGAAGUGUGACGAGGCCCGCCUGGAGAAGGAGGGCAUGGUGAUGAAGUAUGUGCGGGGGGAGAAGGAGGCCCUGGACCUGCGGCGGGAUAAGGAGAGUUUGGAGAAGAGGCUGAGAGAAGCCACGAAGGAGGUGGACCGCCAGGCCCUCCGAGGAAACCAGCUGGCUCAGGAUAAGGGUCGGAUGCAGCAGCUGUACGACGCCAAGGAAGGCGAGGUCGGCAGGUUGAGUCGAGAGGUGGAAAAGUUAAAAGAGGAGAUCAACUCACAUCUCAUCAAGGUCAGAUGGGCCCAGAACAAACUGAAGAGUGAGGCGGAUGCACACAAGGAAACUAAAGACAAACUGAGAGAAACCACUUCCAAAUUGACCCAGGCCAAAGAAGAGACUGAACAGAUCCGCAAGAACUGCCAGGACAUGAUCCGAACAUACCAGGAAUCAGAGGAAAUCAAGUCCAACGAGCUGGAUGCUAAACUGAAGGAGACCAAAGUCGAGCUGGAGAGACACAAGCAGGAACAAACAGGCCAAUUAGAGGUGCAUCGAAUGAAGGCCAAAGAGCUGGAUGACCUGAAAAGGAGCUACAAAGAGGGCAUGGAUGAACUCGUUACUCUACGAACCAAGUUAAAGUGUCUAGAGGACGAGCGACCACGCUGGGAGGACGAGCUGAGCAAGUACAGGGAGAUCAUCAACCGGCAGAAAGCUGAGAUCGGACGCCAGAGAGACAAGCUGGAGGAGAUCACUGCGCUUGAGGAGCAGCAUCAAUGUGAUAAACAGGAGGUCACGUCUCUUCGUGAGGAAGUGGACAGCCUGAGCACCCAGAUGGCUGACCUCCAGCGGGACGUCGAGGGCAGCAGGGAGCGCGAGGCUGAGCUGCUGGGCUUCACGGAGAAGCUGAGCAGUAAGAACGCCCAGCUGCAGUCGGAGAGCAACUCUCUGCAGUCUCAGCUGGACCUGCUCAGCAGCAGCUUCGCCGAGCUGCAGGCCAAGCUGGAGGAGACCAACCGGCUGCUGGACGACAAGUCUCGACAGUUGAAGCAGGAGGGGUCUCUGAGGCAGCAGGAGGUGCAGGGCCUGCAGGAGGAGCGGGCGGCGCUGCAGACGGAGGCGGACCAACUCAAAACCAGAGUGGAAGAGCUGAGGGACGAGCUGGUGACUCAGAAAAGGAAACAAGCCGCCAGCAUCAAAGACCUGACGAAACAGCUAACACAAGCUCGUAAGAGAUUGGAGCAUGUUGAGAACGGAGGCUGUGACCGGGAUGCCAGCAGUAUGGGCAGUCGCUCAAGUUCCUCAGGCUCUUUGAAUACACGCCAUGGGGGGGGCGGUGGUGUUGAAGAGCGGUCCCCUGACAGCCAGGCGGUCCCUUCAGUGGUGGUGGUGGACAACUACCCAGAGGUGGACAAGACCGUGCUUGUGGAGCGCAUUGUCCGUCUGCAAAAGGCCCUCGCUCGAAAGCAGGAGAAAAUCGAGUUCAUGGAGGAUCACAUCAAGCAACUGGUGGAGGAGAUCCGCAGAAAGACCAAAAUAAUCCAGAGCUAUGUGCUGAGAGAGGAGUCGGGGGCCCUCUCAUCAGAGGCGUCGGACAUUAACAAGGCUAACGUGAGUCGGCGGGGGGGCAUCAUGGCGUCUCUUUACACCUCCCACCCGGCGGACAGCGGGCUGACCCUGGAUCUGUCGCUAGAGAUCAACAGGAAGCUGCAGGCUGUGUUGGAGGACACACUGCUGAAGAACAUUACUCUGAAGGAGAAUCUACAGACCCUGGGGUCCGAGAUUGAGCGGCUCAUAAAGCAGCAGAGAGACCCUGAGGACGCAGUAAGCAGGAAGUGACACUACCAUGUCACAGGAAAGAGGAAAAUAAGGGCCGAGGAUGACUUGAAGAACGUACCAUUUUGAAGUGACUGCGAUAUCCUCACUCUCACAUCACAUGAAGGAGCAGAUUGAAUGUUGUAAGUGCCAGUAUCACCUCAGGCUGUUUUUUUCCAGAGGCCCUGUUGAACUCUGUCCAUUUGUCUGAACUUACUUGAACUGUCGUUGUUCUAUCCACAUUGUAACACCUCGUCUGACACAACAAAUCUUCCUCUGGCUAACGUCCCUCUCCCCCUGAGCCAAGAUAAAAGUCCUCGGGCCGGUUGUUUCAAGCUGAACAUUCUUAAUUGCCUUGUAAACAAGUUGAUUGAAGAUCCAUCAUCAUGAAUGUAUAGCAAAUUUGACAUGGGAAGUAGUCAGAAAAUGAUUUGCCAAUGAACUCAUCCUAUAAAAAGUAUAUUUAUUCUUCAUGUAAACUGAAACAAGAUCCCCCAGCAUGCCCUGCUUUCAGCUUGUCUCCUGUCUGCCAAUAAGCCACAUUUUAUUUUUGAAAAGCUGCUUGACGACACGGCACUCCAAAAGCAAAAAAAGAAACAGAUCAGCCGAUGCUCGUUGGGGACCUGGUGUGCCACCUGAGUAUUUUUCCUCAUCUUUUGCUCUGCACAGCACUUACAAAAUAGCUGGUGAAGCAAGGUGCCUCGCAUCAUCAGCACCAUGGUGCGACACUGAAGGAAGCAGAGCGUGUCUCUGCCUGCAGCAAACAGCACUAUGCCAUCAGCGUGGAAGAAUCCUCAAUCUGAAGAAAAUCCAUGACAAGUAUAAUAUCAUGUUAAGGUUUAAAUGUAGAGCUGGUCUUGAGUUUGGCCAUUUUGAAUAUGAUUUUUUAUUUCUUUUAAUUUCUGUUAAAAUUAAGUUUUAUUUGUUUGAUUAUUUUCACCUAAAGUUUUCACAUGUUUUAGAUAACAAAUACCUUGUACGUAUACGUCUGCCUCUUCUUCACAAAUGCUCUACCAAAUGGCAACAAUUUAUCUUUAUCAGACACGAGCAUCUAAAUCUGUUUGUGUUUCAGCUUCCCUUGUUAGCAUCAUUAUCAUUCCUCUUACACUAGGCAGAGAGAUGCUAAAAGCUUGUAGAAAGAUACUUUGCACCGCGUGCAUCAUAUGGUCUGAUGAAGGGGAAACAGACAAACAUUUGAAGGUAUUCCUAUCACCCCUUUUUUUUUUUAUUUGUUGUCCCAAUGAGUCUGUUCAAGUAAUUCAAUUGUAGAGGAAUCCAAGGGAAGACAUGAGAUCUGUAGCUACAGAAAUGCAUCCAGGGACAAAGUGCAAUGUUCCUUUCAUUGAUUUAUAUUUUAUUUACUAUUUUGUCUUUUUUUUCUGUUCUGAAUGUGUGCCAGUAUAUGGUUUUAAAUGUCUGUUUGUGACUGUGCUGGUUUAGAAAUAUCCAAAUGGUGUGUGUCUGCGUGCGUCCUUUUUAACCUUGCAAGCUUGUGUGCCUUUUUAACCUUGCAAGCUUGUGUGUUUACGCCAUGUGUGUACAUGCUUCAGCUGUAGGGGCUUUUAGGUUGACACAAGAUUGACCAUGAAGUUUGCUUUAUUUAUGGGGGGUAAACUUAAUUUGCAUUUAGACCAGAGUCGAACACACAUGCAGCUUCUGUCUCUUGUUCACAGCUGUUAGGAGAAUCAUACACACACACACACACACACACACACUCACACACACACACUCGUAAACAGAUCACUAGCUUGAUUCAAUACUAGUAACGUUUUCAGGAUUUUUGAAGCAGCUGUCACAGAACACAGGCCUCCAUUUCUUUAUUUGGCAGAUCAGAAACAGGCCUUUAUUUGUCAUGAAUGGUUGUUAAUGUGUUCCUUUACCCUACAUCCUGAGGCUAUGUUGAAAUAGCCCGCUACCUGAAUAGAAAUGUAUGUUUCCAGAAUUGAGGUCAUGUUACUGCGGUGGGUGCUUGCGUGCCUCCACUGUUAUCUCAUCCAAACUUAUUUCCUUUUGACGUGGGAUCAGCAUGUAAACAUACUGACCUUGAUUCGACUUGAUAUUGAUAAUUAGCAACCUUUUUAAAUUCCAAAAGGUUCAGUAAGGUUAAAGUGUUAUCAAUCUAAAUUUCUGUUUCUAUCGAGCCAGUUGAUUAUUUCAUAAUGAAACUAAUCUGGAUGUUCAUGCAUCUUAAUGCUUGAUGCUGAAUCUGCGAAAAUCUGUUUCUGGGACAGAAGUAAAAUACAACCUAUGCAAAAAGAAACUUGCAAAGGAUUUCCUAAUUAAUACUUCCUAAUUCUCAGAGGCAUGCCAAUACAUCUCUACUGUUUUGGUCGCAGCGUGUCACCUGUAAGAAUUUUGCUGAUCCUGGAUUUUCACACAUUUCCACAGCCUUGAAACCUAGCCAUGAUGCAGCAUUGUUUUGAUGAAAAGAUCAUGUUUCACAAUAUGGAUAUGAAUAAAUCGGUGUGUGUGUGAGUGUCAAUGUAAUGAGAUGUUUGUCAUUCUUCUGUUUUCCUCCUGUUGUGCAAUGAUUCCCCCUUCUUUGUUUUGUGGAAUAUUCAAACUGUGAUCAUAAUAUACAUUUGUAAAUAUGUUAUUCUGUAAAAUUCUAACGAGAUUGUUUUUAAAGAUGCUGAUUCUGUUUGUAUAUAUGGUGUUUCCAGGGAAUAAAAGGAGACGAGUCUUGACUUUCUCUUGAAUGUU